GUUUGGGAAGUACAUUUCAGAAUCUCCGGUGAAGAUGACACCGGUCACCGUGCUGAUGUGGUCUCUGUUCUCGAUAUGGAUGACAACUUCUGCUGUGCAGUAUGAAGACGAACUCAACGAGACUGUCACCUGCACCAACGAGCAGAUGCGGGUCAUCAUCCCCAGUGCCUUUUUUCUGAACAAGGACCCUCCUAUUUAUGUCUGGGAUCUGCAUCUGAACAAUCCUGAAUGCCGAGGUGUCGAGGUCGAGAACGAUUACGUCUUCAGCAUCAAGGCCAACCUCACAGACUGCGGCACUAUUAUGGCAUCAGACGAUACUCACAUCGUGUUCACCAACUCCAUCCGGAACAACGAAACUGACGUUAUCACCAGAAGCUACAUCAACAUCACAUUCGGCUGUCGAUACCCCCUAAACUACAUGGUCCAGCAGCAAAACGGCGAGAACUUGAUCCGAGUGGAUGUCAGGACAAUCACUCUCAACACAGAAGAUGGGAAUUUCUCCGUCUCCAUGCUGCUGUAUAAAGAUGAAGAGUUUCAGGAUAAAUGGACCACGGUUCCUUCUCUCACACUCGAGGACAACAUCUAUGUCAAAGUUUACAUGGUUCCGGCGAAUCUGUUUUUAAGAGUGGAGAGAUGUUGGGCCACACCCACCCAUGACCCUUACAGCAACAUUCAAUACAUCUUCAUCAGAGAAAGUUGUCCGGUGUUACGGAAUGACCAGACGCUGGACGUGAUGAGGAACGGUCAAGGCCCGGAGGCUUUUUUCAGGAUACAAAUGUUUAAGUUUGUUGGCAGCUCCUACACGGAUGUUUUCCUCCACUGCAACAUUCAGAUCUGUCAUAACACAGGAGGAACGUGCCAACCCAACUGCACCGAUGAGGAUGCGUCAGUACGAACGCGCAGGGAGGUUGCGUCAUCACACACGGUCUCGUACGGACCAAUCAGAAGGCUCAGUGUUGACACAGAGAAUACUGGUCAGAGUCUAGAUAUGCCCCCUGUGGAGACGUUUGUGCUUGGUGGUCUUCUGUUCCUCCUGAUCCUCAUCACAGGAGUUUUUGGGAAACUUUGGCUGCAGAGCAGAAACUCGUAUCCCACUCAAGAAGCUCAGCUCACCCUCUCCAACAUCCACCAUAUCUCAGAAGUGGCCAGCUAACUUGGAAACACACAGACACACACGAUUUAUAUACACACACACAGACAUUGUUCUUUGAAAUAUGCUCCUUUUGAAAGUCUCUGCUAAGCUGUAGUGCAUUUUAUGCUAGUUCUUUGUUUCUGUCUUUUAAUAUGAUAUUAAUAAACAAUUAAAAACAUAUUUUGUCUUUCUAACAGCUUUCUAUAAAAGAAAAUGCAAAUACAGUAUAUACUGUUGUAUUUAAACGUCCAAACGGUAUUUGUAAAUUACGCUAGACUAUAUCAAACCAAGAGGAAUUUAUUUUUAAGAAAGCAAAUGCACGCUUUAAGCUAAACAUGCCACAAAAA